ACCAGCCGGUGAAAAAACGAAAGUAACUAGAUACGAAUUUCGCGUGUUCGCGGCAAAUCUCGACGCGCGGUCGAGAUAAAAAUGGGAAACGUCAAAGAACUUUGAGCGGAUUUCGAGAAAGCACGGAGCUCGAUGAAGCAACAGUAGCCGGAGGGUAUGAUGGUCGAGCGAAAAUGAGGAGUAAAAAUUUGAAUAAAAAUUAAUAAGCCAUGUAAGUUCUGCCACUGACAACUGAUAUGAUAUGAUCAUGGCGGAGUCCACGAAGAAGACGGAGGAUGAUAAAGUCAAGUGCAAGAUCGUGAUCGUCGGGGCCGGGAUGGCUGGACUAUCGGCCGCGAAUCACUUGUUGAAAAACCACGAGACCGACUUUUUGAUCGUGGAGGCGCGGGGUCGAAUCGGUGGCCGUAUAGUCGCCACCAAAAUCGGCAACGAGAAGGUAGAGUUAGGAGCAAACUGGAUUCACGGAGUCUUAGGGAAUCCGAUGUUUGAGUUGGCUAUGGCAAACGGAUUGAUAGACAUAGUACGCGUACCAAGGCCUCAUAAAGUAGUAGCCGCUAUGGAAGAUGGGAAACAAUUGCCUUUUCCAAUUCUCCAAGAAAUCUACGAAGCUUAUGUGUGUUUUCUAAGAAGAUGCGAGGAGUAUUUCCUAAGUACUUAUAGCCCACCGGAUGGGAUAAACAGCGUUGGAGCUCACGUGGCACUGGAGGCUGAGAUCUACCUGUCGGCCUUGCCACCCGAAGAGAGGAAAAUUAGACAAUUGAUGUUUGACUGUCUACUCAAACGGGAGACCUGCAUUACUGGCUGUGAUAGCAUGGAAGAUGUUGACUUGUUGGAAAUGGGUUCCUACGCAGAACUCCAAGGCGGGAAUAUUAGUCUUCCGGAUGGAUACAGUGCUAUAUUGGAACCAGUUUCAAAACACAUACCAAAGAGCAGUAUUCUGACUAAACACGCUGUCGCCAAAAUUAGGUGGCAAAGAAGUAAAUGUAUGGACAAUGAAAAUUCUAAUAAUCAUUCUAACGCGAACCCAUCUGUUGUAGUACAAUGUGAAAAUGGAAAAACUAUAGUAGCCGAACAUGUGAUUUGUACAUUGCCAUUAGGAGUACUUAAGGGGAAAGCGAACGACAUAUUCGAACCACCUUUACCAAACGACAAACUCGAAGCCAUAGAUAGACUCUUAUUUGGUGCUGUAGAUAAGAUAUUUUUAGAGUACGAGAGACCGUUUUUGCAUCCUAGUGUGUCGGAAGUAAUGCUUCUAUGGGACGACAGGGGGCUGUCGGAGGAAGAGAAGCAAGACAUCAAUAAAACGUGGUUCAGAAAGAUCUAUUCUUUUACAAAAAUCACGGAGACUCUGUUGUUGGGCUGGAUAUCGGGGAAGGCCGCCGAGUACAUGGAGAAAUUGAGCUCGGCGGAAGUGGCUGAAGUAUGCACGUCGAUACUGAGGAGAUUUCUCAACGACCCGUUUGUGCCAGCACCAAAAAAUUGUUUGCGCACUUCGUGGCAUUCGCAGCCGUACACGCGUGGUUCCUACACCGCCAUGGCUGUCGGUGCGAGUCAAUUAGACAUUAAUUGUUUAGCAGAGCCUAUAGUACAAGAAGACGAUCCUUCGAAAAUAGUAAUAGCAUUCGCAGGCGAGCACACACAUUCUUCCUUUUAUAGUACAGUACACGGGGCGUAUUUGACCGGACGAACCGCUGCUCAGACACUCUUGGAAUCGAGAAAGAACGAAAAGAACUCGUUGAGCCUCAGUUGCGAAGACACGAGUGACCUAAGUUCAUGGAUACAAGGAAUCUCCUUGAAUUAAAACAUUAUUAAGAAUUACUCGAAAGGGGGGAAGCGAGUCUGGAAUUAUUCUCUAUAUCGAAAUUUUCACAUAAUUGAGCACAAUUUAUUGUCGUGGUACGAAGGAUAUUUUACACACUGUCGAAGUCGAUGACAAUUGUGAUUUAUAGAUGUUUAGCGUUAACGCGAGACUUACGAAAUUAUUUUAGUUUUGUAAAUAAUAUAGCGAAUUGUUUAUAUUAUGUACAUAAUGCCCGUUUAAGAUUUUAAGACUCGAUGAAUAUGUGUUUUGCGAUUUACUGUCAUACUUUUCUUUUCGAGCGAUAAAGAAAGGGCUGAUAGUUUGAAAAUCGUGUCGAAAGGACAUGCUUCAUUUUACGGGAUCACCUAACGUUAACUAUAAAAAAUUUUAUAUAUUCAAUGCCGUCGUAAGUGCUUUUUAUCUGUAAUAGGAAUUCAGACGUCCAGUAAUCGCUGAUCAUUGCAUCAAAAAUAACGAGUUGAUUUCUACUGAUUCGGUGGAUGAAACAAAGCUAAAACAUGAUCUUGAUUUAACGAAGAGGUAAAAUUAAAUUGUGUUUGCAUAGAAAAUUUAAUAACGUACGGUAUACAUGAAAAAUUAUGGUGGAAUUCCGAAAUUGCCAGCCGAUAUUCCAUCGAAUAUAUUCCUUUUUCUACAGUCUCUAUGCAUUAUUAUUUCAAAGUAUUAUAAAGUGCAUUUUCAUCUAGUCAUGUUACUUUGUUAAGCAUUAUAAUUUUAAAUAUGCAACAAAACUACCUUCUAUCUUUUUCUAACGCAAAUAAUGUAUCAGCUUAAAAUAAAACCAAUCACUGAUUUA